CUCAUCCCUCAUCGGCCUAUUGCCUCUCGCUCUCUCUCAGUCUGCGGUCCUCGCCGUCUCCCUCUCCAUCCCACAUCGGUAAAGAGACCACGAAUCCGUCAUCUGGCAUGCCUUGCGUCUGCUCCCCUGGUCCUGGUCAUUAUCCUUGUCCCCCUGUUGCUUGCUACUUUCUAGCCACUUAUGAACCCUGUCGACCACACCCCCGUCUGGAUUGUCGUUCAACCGUCCUGAACCUUCUGGUCCUUUUGCGCCACUUUUGACACUCUGGUUUUCAACGGUAUCACGCUUUGGGAACUCUUUCUUAUGGUCCCUUCUCGAUCUUGUCCAGCCACUUGUGCCUAGCUACUGUAGCAACAAGAUUACCACCAUUCCCCUCAUCCCCUGCUUCAUCUCCGUGGACGAUGACUGUGCACUGUCAACCUCAGAUCGGCCACUAUACUAUUUUUCCCGGCUGAUUAUUCUCCGGCUUCGUGGGCGAAGGACAGUGACAGGGUAAGAUCCGCUUCGACGUGCUCAUCGCCCUGCCAGACUCGUUCCUACUGAGAGACCCCGGGCGCUCUAAAAGUCGACCGGCGCCGCCAGUCUCCGCCAUCUUCGCUUCGUGGGACGGACCACAAGUCCACACUGUCCACGGUCCACGGUCCACACCAGAAACGACUCCACCAACAACAUCACCGCUUCCCUCAUUCCCUCGAUGAAACGAAACGAAUCCUGGAUUACCCUCUGGCCAUAUACCCCUACCUGAUUCUACGUCUUGCGCUUUACCCUUUUGCUUUUCUCCGAUCCACCGCCUACUUGACUCGUAACUACUAGUAUCAAUCCUGGGCCACACCUCCUCUGACCUGGCCCUGUCACAUAUUGCUCUCGGGUGUAUUCGAUUCCAGGCCAACCUUUUACUGUCCCUGCUUCUACGGAACUGGUCCGACUCGAAAGUCUCUUCAGGGCUACUUGCACGACUACAAAUCUUACCGUACUGUACCAAGGCCCGCCGACUAGCUUGGUUCCUGACUUGACUUGUUUGCUUAGCCGACAGGGCUCAUCUUGGGCGGAAGAUCUUUACAAAAGCCACACUUCAAGAUCCCAGUCCUUGCCACUCCUCGCUUCGAUCCAUAUCUAUCACCAUAUUUCCUCCACCGCCCGGACUCCCGGACACUUGGACUCUCUUGCCCUGGUAUUAUAGUCAAAGUAUAUCUUCAAACGCAUGAGCUCUUCCCGAACGUCAUUGACAACAUCCUCCAUCCACCAAGCGUUUUGUCGUACUAUACAAAGACCCCUCAGGCCCCGGCUUUUACACUCUAUCAAACACCCAAGCACAGGCGCUGGAACCUCUCGCAUGUCAGUCAACAUACCUAUUCGUUGUUUCCACCGACCACCUCAACAACCGCCCUCAUGUUAUUAGGACCAGGCCCUCCCACACCCAUGCAAACCGAUUUCAAACCUCAUGAUUACCCAAGCUAUCAUAAACCCCCACCGACAAGAACGUACUCCCCUCCCGAGUCACCUCGCACCCUGUCUUCGUUCUUCGAAGAGUCGAGGAUGAACAACACCCAUCGAGGGUUACCACUACCAGCUGGUCUCAGUCUGCCGCCCCCGGAUCGGGGUCACUCGACGGCACCCGCUCCUCUGGGCCAUCUUCCUGCUCCGCCGUCCCAAUGGACCGGACAGGAUGACUCGAUGCGGAGUUGGCUGCACGCAAAGGCCGAGGAGGAUCGGCGGAAGCAAGAGGAGGAGAAGACCCGUCAAGAGGGUCUACGGCUUGACCAGAGACGUAUUGAGCAAACCAUGCUGCGGGAAUCACUGCAAGGUGGUAUUCCUCCUCCCAUGGUCCCUCUCAUCUUUGCCGGUAUCGGCGGCGGCAACCUACCGGCUCACACCUUGGAGUGGGCGCAGCAGUAUCUCGCCAGCCUGAGUAUCCAGAACCAGCAGCAACAGCAGCAGAUCCAGGCUCAACAGCAGCAACUUCAGCAGCAACAACAUCUCCAGCAACAAGUGUCGCCGGAUGUCCAUCGAGAUAGUCGAAUGAUCCCACCCAACCCGUAUGGGUCAAUUCAGCCCACACAGCCUCAACAAAGUCUCGUGUCUACACAACCCGUGCAAGCACCAAGCCAUGGACGAAACUCUCUCUCGGGAACUCAAGGGGCAACCUCUGCACUGUCGCGGCUCAACACUACCGAGUUUGUUCCUACUUCAUCAACAGGCCAAGGUAACCGGCAGUCGACUCAUCAACUACACAACACACCGACCGGAGCGUCUGAACAAUCAUCAGCACCUGGGCUCUUCUUCCACCACUGGACGCCUCCGAAUCAUUCGUCAGGAGGAGGACAGCCUCCGACACCUUCGGGUAAAAGCACUCAAAGCUCACCCUUCUCGCAACAACCGGCGUCUCACCUGAGAAGCGACUAUCAGCACUCACCGAAGAAGCGCAAAGUCGUGACCGGCCAAACUGGUCCUGCACCAACUUCGGAUCCCUCGCAGCCCAUGUCAUCUCGAUCGUCUCGAGAGCGCGAGUUCUCACCCGGGCAGCGUCAUCACCGGUCGGAUCGGCAUUCGCGUCAAAACAGCGACGCUUCGAUGCGGGAUCACGACAUGGGCGGUCGUCACGUUCCCCGGCCCAGUAGUCGCCAGCAACGUCGGGACGAAGCCGGUGGCGUGGCACCAGGCCCAAGAAGGCAACAUACUAGCUCGUCGACCAGUGGAUCAAGCGAUGACCACCCCGUUCGGUAUGAGGGGUACAAAUCUGAAACGCGGUAGCGGUGCCAUCUAGUUGGGUCGGAGAUGAGGCGCCAGAGUAGGGGGGGUGGGUCGAGCGUUGGUACUUUUCAGCCAUGUCAGAUGUGGUGUCUGACCUCGGGUCCCAUAUGCACGAAAUGAUGUGCAUGUGCGACACUUGUUAUUCUUGUUUUCGUUUGCCGAGUUCUCGGUUGCCGAGGAUCGAGUUAAUAACGACGCUUAAUCGUCGGUUGUAUCUUCUACUGAAUAUGGAAGGGUUUUUUUUCUGUGUGGAAGGACGAGCAUGUUACGAGAUUCCUAGCAGGGAAUAUUUCAACCCCAGAUUUUGGACGGCAGGCAGGUUGCUGGACGACAAGAUAGGACCAGACACAUGAUGUUUACGGCUCAUGAAGGAAUUCCCACCCAUCCCACCAUCAAUAAGAUAGUGACUUGUUUUGACUUUGACAUUCUCAAACCACCGUCGGGCGGUGAUCUGAUGAAUGUGGCUUUUUUGGGCAUCUGGCCCAUGGCGACGCUCGAAAAGAGGUCCAAGCGGAUGGAGUCUUGUUUUGGGGCUCAACACCUGGACCGACCUUUACUGUGCUCGUAGCUGACAAGAGGUCUUGGGAGGAGGGGUGGAGAAUGGCCAAGCACAGGGAACAUGGUCCAAGAUUUCGUGCAUGGAGGCUUGAGUCUCAUGGCCAGAAGUGUCUUGCGAUUAAGCGAGAGUAAGGCACGGAUGGUGUGCUCUGGGAAAAAGAGAUGUUUGACGCGUCCUUUUCGGAAGUUGGGCCUGAUGGUCGAAAGGUUGGAACAUCUGAAACUUGCCAGGAAAUAUGAUUGAGGUGGGAAAUUGGCUCCGCAAACAGCCACAACAGGAUUACGGGUAUUACCAGUUCAAGCCACCCGAAAAGAUGCGAGCGACGCCAUGUUUUGGGAUAUCUCGUUGUCGGAUAAGCACAGACGAAGGAGAAGACCAACGGGCAAAACCUGAAACAUGACAACAACACCACCACCACCACCACCACCACAACGACCGUGGCAUUCAGCCUCUUGGAUGUCUGAUCAACACGGUCCAGAACUGAAGUGAAGUGCGCGCACCGGGCCGCACAUUCAUUUGCUUUUACGGAGUCCAAAAAAAGAGAGUGAGAAAGCCUCAUGUGGAUCCAAGCGCUGGAUUUUAACCACAUUCGGGAAAGGGCUUUUGCCGCAAAGAUGUUUUUUGGUGUUGUCUGUGCGCUUGGCCGAUAGAAAUAGAAUUCCAGGUUGCUACGGAGUAUGCUUGCUACAAUAUAGAGAGAGAAAGUCAGCGGCCGUUGUUUACGGAGUACACG